GGGGGAGACUUGAGCGAUUUUGGCAAAGGAAAGCUCGAAUAACCUCUUUUUCUGAUGCAUUAGAGCUUCAGAGUGAUGCCCUGAGAGAAGCUAUUACUCAGAUAUCAAUUGAUGCUAAGGAGAAGAAGCGCAACUUCACUGAAACUGAUGAACUGCAGAUUGGGUUGAAGAAUUAUGAUCCCCAGAAAGACAAGCGUUUCAGUGGUUCAGUAAAGUUGCCUAAUAUUCCUCGCCCCAAGAUGAAGGUCUGCAUGCUUGGUGAUGCUCAGCAUAUUGUAGAGGUAAUUGUGUUGUUGAUGUUUCUGAAAUUAAUGGAUGCGAAGAAUAGGGAACUUUAUAAAAUUAUUAAGCUUCAGAGUGAUGCCUUGAGAGAAGCUAUUACUCAGAUAUCAACUGAUGCCAAGGAGAAGAAGCGCAACCUCAUUGAAACUGUUGAACUGCAGAUUGGGUUGAAGAAUUAUGAUCCCCAGAAAGACAAACGUUUCAGUGGUUCAUUAAAGUUGCCUCAUAUUACUCGCCCCAAGAUGAAGGUCUGCACGCUUGGUGAUGCUCAGCAUAUUGGAGAGGUGUUGAUAAACAAUUUUGAACCGAUAGUCAAGAUGGUUCUGGGUUCAUUUCAAGAACCUCACCCUCGGGUCAGGUGGGCAGCCAUCAACGCUAUUGGACAACUGUCUACAGACUUGGGGACAGACUUGCAAGUUCAGUACCACCAACAGGUUUUACCAGCUUUAGUCAAUGGAUGAUUUCCAGAACCCUCGUGUACAGGCACACAUGUUGCCUCAGCACUGCUAAAUUGCAGUUAGAAUUGUACCCCAAACAUUUUGACACCAUAUUUGGACGAGUUGGUCAGCAAACUGCUUAUACUUUUGCAGAAUGAUAAAGAAAUGGUACAAGAAGGUGCCUUGACAGCCUUAGCAUCAGAUGCUGAUUCAUAUAAGGUGAUGAAAACCAGAUAAAGUGAAAUGGAGGAUUUAUUAAGAGAAAGCUGAUAGGACAAAGGCUGAAGACUUUGACGCUGAGGAGAAUUCAGUGAGGAUGAGUCCGCUAAAGCUAUGGAUCACUCUCAGUUCUGUAGUUUAGUUCAGCUUACUUUUUUUUUUUUUAAUGUAAGGCAAAGUUUGUUCCCACAUCGUUACUUUACAAAAGAAAUAGUAUGUAUAUAAGUGAUUAGAAUUCUCUAUAUUAUACUUAUAA